AGUAUGGGCAACUCUCAUUGGUCCGUGAAAUAGCAUUGACAAAUCAGCACCGAGAUUGUUACAUUUGGAAACUGAUGUUUGGAUUUUCGGUUUGAAAAGAUGUCGCUCAAUCGGAGCAUCGGCAAUGUGGAGUACAUGAAAAAAAGGAUACCGAAAAACGUCAAGUACCAACAUGUCAAAACGAGGCUGGAUACAGGAUGCAGCCUGACAAAGUACAUGGAAAAGCUGGAGGAGAUUAAAAAAAAUUACAGAUAUCGAAAAGACGAAAUCUUCAAGCGACUAAAAGUGACAACAUUUGCGCAGUUGAUACUUCAGGUGACCUCCGUGUCAGACCUGAAUGAAAGUGAUGACGGAGGAUCACACGGCCCAGAAGACGGUCUGUCCGUGGUGUCUGAUGCGGACUUAGAGUGUCUCUCUGAGCGCACCAACGGCUCCACGCAGGCGUCACUUCCUUCACAUCAUCAGGAUUCAGGAGACAACAGGGAGCUCUGCUACUCUGCCAGGUCAACACUGCUGAGUGUUAUUAGUGGUGUGGGGGAGUUGAACCUCGACAGGAACAAUGAGAAGAUGAAUAAUGAGUCAGUGGUCAGCACUGAGCCAGCUGACAGGCCUUACCCCGACUGCCCCUACCUGCUGCUGGACGUACGGGACCAGGACCAGUACGACUGCUGCCACAUCAUCAGCGCAAACAGUUUCCCCAUCGCCAGACUGUCGCGAACAAUGAACCCCUACACCAAAGAAGUGCUGGAAUACAAAAAUGCAGCAGGGAAGAUCAUCAUCGUGUACGAUGAAGAUGAGAGAAUCGCCAGCCAGGCAGCCACCAUCAUGUGUGAACGAGGGUUUGAGAAUCUCUUCAUGCUGUCUGGAGGUCUCAAGGUCAUCGCUCAGAAAUUUCCGGAAGGGAUGACGACGGGCUGCAUCCCGACCUCGUGCCUGUCCUCUCCCUCGUCAUCGACGGGGAAGAAGAGCUCUGCGCCGCCGCAGCCGUCACAGGCGGCUGAGAAGAGGUGGAGGUUUACAUCAGACGAGCUCACCAAGCUCCAGGAGCAGCUGGAGGAGAUCUUCACCCCCAGUAACUCCAACAGCCGCAUGUCCAGCCGCAUGUCGACCAGCAGCUCGCAGUCCAAAGCGUCCAGCGCUCGGAGCCGACAGAGUUCCUCCACAGCUGGGAGGGACAGCGCCAGGGUUCAGAGCAGUAGACCCUGGAAAUAAAACCACCCGCCCCCACUCCAACCACACAGACACACAAACAAACUGACCUCCGACAGAAAGUCCGUGUAUGUCAGCUGACAUUUCCCCACUCCACAGCUGCAAAGAAACGCACUUUGGUCCCAGUCUGUCUGACUGAGAAAGUAAUUAACACUACACAAAUACAGUGACAAAAUGAAUUUGAACUCCCAACAACAGUAUGAAAUUUUACAAAUAAAUCAAACCAUAGGAGCAGAGCAGAGCAUCUAAUUUCAGACUCCAUGGUUAUCAUUGUCAUGCUGUGCGCUUCUGUUUUUGCUGAAGAUAUAUUUAAUAAAUGGUCUGUAUUUGAAUGUUUG